AUGUUCAUGUCUGAAGUAGGACUUUCAAUCAACUAUCUCGAGCGGAUUGAUAUUCGCUUCCUAUUUCUUAUCUAUCUAUCUAUCUAUCUAUCUAUCUAUCUAUCUAUCUAUCAAUCAUGGGACCUUACCCAUAAUAACAUAAUGGACUAUUCCAUACCAAAACCUUCUUCUUUCUCGAUUCUAUCUGUCUAUCUAUCUAUCUAUCUUAGCUCUGUUCAUAUCUAUCUAUCUAUCUAUCUAUCUAUCUAUCUAUCUAUCUUAGCCUAUCUAUCUAUCUAUCUAUCUAUCUAUCUAUCUAUCUUAGCCUGUUCAUAUCUAUCUAUCACAAUUAUCUAUCUAUCUAUCUAUCUAUCUAUCUAUCUAUCUAUCUAUCUUAGCCUGUUCCUAUCUAUCUAUCUAUCUAUCUAUCUUAUUAUGUUAAUAUAUAUCUGUGUGUCAGAUUAUCUAUCUAUCUAUCUAUCUAUCUAUCUAUCUAUCUUAACCUAUUCAUAUCUAUCUAUCUUAAUUUUUGUCUAUCUAUCUGUCUAUCUUAGCCUCUUCAUAUCUAUCUAUCACAGUUUUUGCAUAUCUAUCUAUCUAUCUAUCUAUCUAUCUAUCUAUCUAUCUAUCUGUGCGUAUCUAUCUACCUGCCUAUCUAGGAAAAUAGAAUAA